AUGAAAUCUUACACCACCCACGUCGCCAAAUUCGCCGUCCCAAAGACACCAUUCUGGCCCAGGCACUACGUCGUCGUGGACGAGGCCGACUGGAGAUCAAAGGGCGUCAUCGUGGUGGCCCUGUUUGAGGUUCUGGGAUACGACGAGGAAGCACCAGACGCAGACCCCAUGGAAGUACACUUUUCCAAGAGAAAAAAUUGGUCCGUCGACGCCGUCAGGUUCAAAAGCCCAAAGGACGCCGGUAUGCUUCUUGCCGGUCUGAGUGUGGCGAACAUUGAAUGGGAGGAAAUGAAACGUGAAUCGAGAGCAGACGAACUAAAUUGUGACGUUCAAGAUCUUUGA